GGGUGAUCCCAACUUCCGGUGAAAGAGGAGAAGUGUCUCACACGAUUACUCUGACAAGGCCUAUCGUUACUUACCCGUAGGUAGUUGAACGGGGUUUCGGUAAUAGCCAUGGCUCUGUGAUCGCCAAUAAGCCAUCUAAUUAACUUUUUAAGAAAUUAGGAGACGUCGCCGUAGACGCCGCUUUGACUAAACGCCACAUCGUCAGAGCCACAGGUUUGAACGUUACCCCGCGACUGCCAGCUAGUUAGCUAGCUAGCUAAAGACGCAGCUAGCUAUUCGCCAACCAAGCACCUCUAAAUUAGGUCCUGGUGUCUAUUUCAAGAUGUCAACGGCGGGGUUUAACUCUCAGAAUGGGACAGGGACAGGACAGACAUAUACGAAUGGUCCAUCACAGAAUCCAGUUGCCCUGCAGCAGCUGCCAGGGGUCAGCUAUGGCAUGACUCACCAACCAACCUACAAUCCAAUGCAGGCCAAAGCUCCCCCACCUCCCGGCCCUGGACUUUACCCCUCUGGGCCAUACCAACCUGUUCCUCCAGGCAGCUCCUACCAGCCUGGCCCACCACUCACUUCCUACCCAGCUCCUCCAGGCCAGUCGCUGUUGACCAGGCCUCUCAUGGGAGGUCCUCCAUCCCAUACCCCUCCUCAGUCUGCCAGCCCCAGCCCUGGUCCUCGGCUGCCCCCUGCACAGGCCACACCUCCCCCUCCUGCUGUAUCUUCUAGUAGCUACUACCCAAAUCCCCAGCAGCCGCACCCCAUGGCGCCAGCAUGGCAGUACAACGCAGCUCCCCCACCAAUGGGGCCACCCACUUCCAUGAGCACACCUCCCCGCGGCCCCGUGGCUAAUCAUGUGAACCCAGCUGCAAGCUCGACAGCACCGCCACCACCACCAACAUCGGCAGCUUACAGCUCUGCACCACUAGCCCAUGUGUCCCAUAGUGUCACCCAGCCCCCAGGUCCAGGGAUCCCCCCCACCUCUCUGCACGGAUAUACCCAGCCAGGCACUGCACCACCGCCAAUGACUCCCAUGGCUCCCCACACAUACCAACCAAGCAGAGCUCCCUAUGGCCCCCCACCCACAGGCCCCCCAUCAACUAUGAAACCCCCACCGCCUCCCACUGGACCCCCAAUGGCCAAUGCCACACCUCCACCCCCCAAGGCAGAUGCUCAGUGUGGGGGGGCUGUUAACAGCACCCUGCCCCCCACUGAGCCCGACUGCCAGGAGGGGGAUAUUGAAUGUCCAGGAACUGUGGCUGGCAAUGGCCCACAAGCACCAAACAGCUAUAAUCAUGUUGACAACAAAAUGGCUGGCCUGCCUCAGCCUGGACCACCUGGUCGGCACUUGGGCCACUACCCCUCCCUCCCCCCUGGGUAUCAGAACACCUCAGCUCCUCACAACGCCACCUCCCCCAUGCACCCUGCGAUGCAGGCCGCCACGCAGCCUUAUACUCAAGCACCUCAGUCAUACCAGCAGCCACCUGGUGGCCCAGGGCCAGCCCAACUGAGCCCGUCCCUGGCAGCCAUGAGUCUCCAGUCCAGCACCCCAGAGGCUCUGAGAGUGGUCAACCUGCUGCAGGAGAGGAACCUGCUGCCACCAAGCCCGAUCCCUGCCCCAACGCCCUGUCUCCCACAGGACCUGCAGAAGAUCAACUGCAACCCCGAGGUCUUUCGUUGUACGCUGACCAGCAUCCCUCAGACUCAGUCACUGCUCAAUAAAGCCAAGAUGCCGCUGGGCCUGCUGCUCCACCCCUUCAAAGACCUCUCGCAGCUUCCUGUGGUGACAUCCAGCACCAUCGUCCGGUGUCGGUCCUGCAGAACCUACAUCAAUCCCUUCGUCUCUUUCCUGGACCAGAGGAGGUGGAAGUGUAACCUGUGCUAUCGGGUCAAUGAUGUUCCAGAGGAGUUUAUGUACAACCCAGUUAGCAGAUCGUACGGAGAGCCACACAAAAGACCCGAGGUCCAGAACGCCACCAUCGAAUUCAUUGCUCCUUCAGAAUACAUGCUGAGGCCACCACAGCCUGCUGUUUACCUCUUUGUUCUUGAUGUAUCCCACAACGCAGUGGAGACAGGCUACCUGAAUGUGUUCUGCCAGUCACUGCUGGACAACAUCAACUCGCUUCCUGGAGACUCUCGGACAAAGGUAGGCUUCAUCACCUUUGACAGCACCAUCCAUUUCUACAACCUCCAGGAGGGACUUUCUCAGCCUCAGAUGCUCAUUGUGUCUGACAUCGAAGAUAUAUUUUUACCAACACCAGACAGCCUUCUAGUAAACCUCAAUGAAUGCAAAGAGCUUGUGCAGGAUCUGCUGAAGAGCCUCCCAACUUUAUUUGAGAAGACUAUGGAGACCCAGUCUGCCCUGGGUUCAGCUCUGCAAGCAGCCUUCAAGCUGCUGUCACCCACCGGAGGGCGCAUGUCCAUCUUUCAGACCCAGCUGCCCAACCUUGGUGUCGGGGCACUCCAGUCCAGAGAAGACCCCAACCAACGGGCAUCUGCCAAGGACGUCCAGCACUUAUCCCCAGCGACAGACUUCUACAAGAAGCUGGCUCUGGACUGCUCCGGCCAGCAGGUGGCAGUUGAUCUGUUCCUGCUCAGCUCUCGAUACUGCGACCUGGCAUCGCUCGGCUGCAUAUCAAGAUACUCUGCAGGGAGCGUUUACUACUACCCCUCCUACCACCACCAGCACAAUCCUGCUCAGGUGGAGUGCUUCCAGAAGGAUCUAAAGAGAUACUUAACAAGGAAGAUCGGCUUCGAGGCCGUCAUGAGGAUACGCUGUACCAAAGGUCUGUCCAUCCACACGUUCCACGGAAACUUCUUUGUGCGCUCCACAGAUCUGUUGUCACUUCCCAACGUGAACCCAGACGCUGGCUUUGCGGUUCAGAUGUCCAUCGAGGAAAAUCUGGAUGACAUGCAAGUUGUCUCAUUCCAGGCUGCGCUGCUUUACACGUCCAGCAAAGGCGAGAGGAGGAUCCGUGUCCACACCUUGUGUCUCCCUGUGGUUAAUUCUCUGUCAGACAUCUUUGCUGGUGCUGAUGUUCAAGCCAUCAGUGGACUACUGGCUUGCAUGGCUGUGGACCGCUCGGUGACGGCCAGUAUGAGUGAUGCCAGAGAUGCGAUGACCAACGCUGCCAUCGACUCGCUGACGUCAUACCGGCAGUCUGUGUUGACCAUCCAGCAGCCCGGCCUGCUGUCCCCAGCCUGCCUCAGACUCUUCCCCCUCUAUAUCCUCGCCCUGCUCAAACAGAAAGCCUUCAGGACAGGGACCAGCACCAGGCUGGAUGACCGGGUGUUUGCCAUGUGUCAGCUGAAGUACCAGCCGCUGGCCUACGCAAUGCUGAUGAUCCAUCCUGCCCUGUACCGUGUGGACAAUCUGACAGAUGAGGGAGCUUUGAACAUCAAUGAGCGGACCAUCCCUCAGCCCAGAGUGCUGCAGCUGUCUGUGGAGAAGCUCAGCAGGGACGGAGCUUUCCUCAUGGAUGCUGGAACGGUGAUGUUUCUGUGGAUCGGACGGAACUGCCACCCCAACUUCCUCACACAAGUCCUGGGAGUUCCCAGUUACGCUGCUGUGCCUGAUAACCUGUAUCUGCUCCCCGAGCUGGACACUGCCGAGUCGCAGAGAACCAGAGCUUUCAUCGGUUGGCUCAGAGACCAGAGGCCGUUCUUCCCCUCCCUGCAUGUCAUCAGGGACGAGAGCCAGCUGAAACCCACCUUUAUGCAGAACAUGAUCGAAGACCGAACAGAGUCGGCCCUGUCAUACUACGAGUUCCUGCUCCACCUCCAACAGCAAAUCUCCAAAUAAUUUUCAGUGGGACUGUGGAGAACAGGGAACACUCAAGUGAGGACGUGCAUCAGUGUAUGUGUGCGUAUGUAUGUACAUGGUGUGUGUGUGUGUGUGUGUGUGUGUGUGUGUGUGUGUGAAAGCAGUGGAAGUCAGACUCAAGGAUGUCUCUUGCUCAGUCUUCGGCUAUGGCCCACCAUCUCUCUGAGGAAAAGCUGAACUGAUGUGACGUGUCGCUCAAAUCAAACUAUGUGACGGACAGUGUGAGGACAAAGAGACGAAGAAUCGAAUCUGAUGCUUAUUUGGCACUUUUUACCCAGCUGAAGCAGUGCGUUGGAAGAAGAAAAAAGAAGCAAGAAAUCCAAGAUGAUGAUGAUUGUGAUUAUAUAUGUCAAUGAUCGAAUGAAUCAGUGUUUAUUCUCAGAGAACAAUGCUGUCUAACUGAGGUAUCGUUCUGAUACAGUUCAGGCAAACGGAUGUGUGAAGUGUUUUUGUUCAAAAAGCACAGUCGUCUUUACUAAAACAAGUCAAAUGUAUGUUUGUGUGUGCUUAAGACUAGGUUUAUGAGGAAGGUUAGUAUGUCUGCGCUCAAAGACUGUUAUUGAGUGUCACCAGGAGUAUUUGUACACAGAACACCUGAGCUCUAACAACACUCUUACUAUCGUACCUGAAGGACAGAACGUGUGCUUUUUUUUUAUUUCCCACUCAUUAUAAUUGUGUGUCGAACAAAUGCGUAGACUCUGUUGUAAAAGGCAGGAAUGUUUAAGGUGUUUGAAGGCGGAUUGACCUCGCCGUCAUCGCUGCCUUGAAUGUGUGGACUCGGCAGUGGAAGGUCUAUUUCAUUGGUCUGAUCUGUCCUUCAGCAACUCUCUGUCAUCCUUUCUCUCUCUGGACAUUCAGAACACCCCUGACGACAUCGCUGUUCUGUUUGUUUGUUUCUUCUUUUUUUGUUUCCAGUUAUCUAAUAAUUUAUGAGACUCCCAAUCUGAUUAAAUUCUAUAAUUGCCUUGUAUGGGAAGUCACUUUUUAUUAUUAAACCUCUGUUUAAAUACAGACUCUAUAUAUGAAAUAUUUUAAUAUAAUAGGAUAUGGGAAAUUCUUUAACACAGACAUAACAAAGCCAUUGUGAUCUUUUAAUCAUGCUUAUUGAUACUUGUAUAUUGAAAAUACUGCAUUAUAUAAAGGUGAAGAAAUGCUGAUGAUUUUAGUAUAAACAAUAAGGUGAAAUGACGCUAAGGAAAUAAAAUGUUUGGGACUUUUUAAAUGUAGUUUUGUGUGUUGGUGGGUGAACAGUGUUGAUUCAAUGAAAGCAAAGACUACAAAACAGUAUGGACCAAUAAUAGUCAAGUUUUCUCUUGACUCGGCGUGAGUUUUUUUGAUUUGGUCUGAUUUCAUACAGUUUGUAAUGUAUGUAUUAUAUAAGCAAACAUGUAUUUAGGAACAGACAAAUAUGUUUUGGUCUUGCACAAAAUUGUCUUUCAUAAAAAAACUGAUGAAAAUAAAAAUAGCCUGUGUUUGUACAGAGUAAA